UUUUUGUUUUAAGUUGGAGCCAUUAGAGAGGGAAAUGUUGCGCGACUCUGCUGCUGAAUGAAAGCAUCUCGCAGCAUCUGGCACGAAAGUGGAACGAAAGUGGAAAAUGAUGAUGCCCCGCUACUAAGAGGAAACCCUACACCAAAAUAAAGCGAGGAAUAUUCCCCAAAAGAGAGAGCGAGAGAGCGAGAGAGCGAGCGAGGCAGAGAGAACCCCAAACAAACGAUCAGCAAAGACCCAGAGAGCAUCAUGUAUCCGGGCAGUGCCAGCAGCAGCGCAGGAUCUGCAUCCAAGUUUCAGAAUCGUUGCGCAUCGCCACAGUUUGCCAGCUUUGCGCCGCCGCCACCGGGUGACUAUCCGCAUUCGCAUCCGCAUCCGCAUGCACAUUCGCAUCAGCAUCAACAUCAGACGACAGCCGCGGCCGUACACAAUGCCCCAGGGGGCGGUGGUGCCGGCGGCUCGAUGCGGCAUCCCAGCCAGCGCUCCACCUCGUCCACGGCAGCGCACCAAAUGACCCUCAAUCAUGGCGGCCAUGGCCAUGGCGGCCACAAUCACGGCCUCAAUCACGGCUUGAGCAUGGGCCAUGGCACGGCGGCCACAUUGGGCCACCACCAUCAUGUGGGCUCCCAUCUGAUCUUUCCCGAUGACAUGGACAGCAUCGAGUUCUGCAUGCCGGCAGCGCCCUCCUCCUCGUCAUCCUCAUCACAGCAGAAUGGCGGAGAGCAGCUGCUGUUGGGCAGCAGCCAUGGGGAGGCAUUUACGGAGCGUCGACGACGCGGACAUAGUCGCAGGAGCAACCAUAAAAUGGAUGUAGAGCAGCAGGUCAAGUGGUCCCGCAAGAAUAUUGCCGCCACCAUGGAACGCUUUGAGCCCACAACCAACACACAGUCCUCGUCGUCCACCUCAUCGCUGGACUAUGGCUUUGCCGCCGGCGUUAUGACGCCCAGCAGCAGCAGUGCCACGCCCUCGCAUGGCGGAGGCGCCUCUGGUGGCGGCAUGUCCUCCACACCGUCGUUGCACGUGGCCUUCAAUGGAGGCGGCUCGGGCGGCGCCGGGGCAGGGGCCAGCGGUGGGGCCGUUGGAGCAGCAGCUGCAGCGGCGCCAUUCAAUCAUGUCUACUCGUACGCCUACUAUGAGCCAGGGGCGGCCAAGUGCCACACGAAUGUGCCCGCCCAGGGAUCAGCACAGGCCCAGGCACUGGCCCAUGCCCAUGCGCAGGCCCAGGCUCAGGCGCAGGCGCAGGCCCAUGGACAGAUGCAGGCGCCAUCGAAGAGUCCGCCCAGGAACUCCAUACGCGCCCUGCUGGCCAAGAGUUUCCGCUCGAAAUCAUCGACCCACAACGGUGGGCAGUCGACAUCGUCGUCGCCAAGCGCCGAGGAUCGGGACAGGCACACGUACACCACGCGCUACGGCACCACCGAGAAUCUGUACGAGGAGGUGAGCGAGCAGAAGAUCCGCAAGGUGCUCUCCGACAAUCGCAUCGCCUCGUCCAGCGCGGGCAACGUGAAGGAGGAGCAGCGACGCGUCCAGCACAAUCAUUUCCGUGUGCUCGACGAACUGAAUCUCUCGCUGGAGGCCUUGAUUAUGCCCCCAACGCCGCCGGAUAUUAGCCCCAGUCAUGCGAUAGCCGUGGCCGUCGAUGAGAUGGGAAUGGGAAUGGGCAUGGGCAUGGGGCCCAUAAGUGCCCCCUCCAACAGCAGUGGCCUGGGACAGGCCGUGGCCUGCUCCAACUCCUCCUCCCCAGGCGGAGCGGCGGCGGUGCCAUCCUCACUGGUGGCCAGCAGCAGCAGCAGCAGCAGCAGCCAAUCGAAGACCGCCCAGAGGCCACGACGCGGUGGAUUGUUGGGCGGAGCGGCGGCCAGUGCCAGUGCUGCCUCCAGUUCGGCCUCGCAUGCCAGCCUCGAGAAUCUAUCGAGCACUCUGAAUAGCAUGGAGCUGAAGGAUCAUCAUCAGCAUCAGCACCACCAGCAUCAUCACCAGCAGCAGCAGCAGCAGCAGCAUCAGCAUGGACACACGAGCAGCUGUGUUAAUCCGGAAUUCGAUGAGGGGGAUCUGGACAGCGGAUUCAGUGGCAGUGGCAGCAGCAGCGGUGCCAGCUACAACGAAAGUUUGCGCUACUACAAGUCGGCAACGCCCACUGGCCACAAUCCCAAUCUCAAUCUGAAUCUAAGCUUGAAUCCCACGCUCCACCACCAGCACCAGCAGCAGCAGCAGCAGCAGCAUCCACUGAACAACAACAACAACAACAACAACAACACAUUGCCCCAUAAUAUUCGCAGCUGCCGCUCGUCGACUGCCUCUGGGACAUCGACAUCGAAGAGCAGCAUGGCCAGCUGUGGCGAGGAUCAAGGCAUCGCAGGAAUGGGCAUGAUGGGAGCAGGAGGCAUGCCUGCUGCUGCUGCUGCUGCUGGUGUGGCAGGACCCACUGCUGGUGCUGUCGGAAUGCAGGAUGCCGGCCUGGGCUCCCUAUCGCCCUUCCAUUAUCCGCGACGCUGUUCAGCCGAUCAGCAGCGUGCCUCUGGUCGCUCGGUUGCCUCCGGAAUGGGCAUGGGAAUGGGCAUGGGCAUGGGCAUGGGCAUGGGCAUGGGUGGAGGUGCAGCCACAGCGGUGGCCAUGUCUGGCGAAGGCAGCUGCAGUCUCAGCAGCAGCAGCAACGUGGCACUGUCCACCGGAGCGAAACCCAAGAAGAAUUUCUGGACCAUGAAACCGUGAUGCUACAAAAAGGCGCUGCGUCACAUAUGCAAAAAAUGGACUAUUGUCAUGGAAUACAAUUCAAAGACUGCCUCAUGCCAUGCCAUCCACUAUUACCACCAACCCAGCAACAGCAACAGCAACAGCAACGGCAGCAGCAGCAGCAACAACAACAGCACUAGCAGCAGCAGCAGAAGCAGAAGCAGAAGCAGCGGCCAA